GCGUCAGAUAUUCGCUCCUAAGCCGGUUGAGCAAGUGUCUGGGUGUCAGAGGCUGGAGCUGCAGCUCAUCUGAGAGGUGGGAUUUUUCAGCGUCAGCCUCUAGAGUAUUUCAAUAGCUUUCAGAAGAAGAAAGGCUUGCUUUAGAACUGCAGUCUCGUUUUGACGGUAGUGUUGUGGAUCCGCUGAGCGGACUCCCUUCACCCUGUCCACGAGACCCCCUGCUCAGUUCUGACUCACACAUGGAUGUUCAGGGGUAUAAGUGGGUUCGCUGGCGGGUGUGGCUGUUUCGUGUGGCGACCCUGCUGUCUCUGGGUCUCCUGCUGAUUGUGUUUCACUGGCGCCCGCGGCUCGCUGUCCUCGCGCGCUGCCGAUCCUGCCCUCUGGCUUUGGCAGAUGUUCUGCUGCUAAGAGACAGUUUUGGCCAGCAACAUGUUGUGGAGGUGCUCACAGAGGAGCUGGAGGCAGGCAGUUUGGAGUUGCUGGGGCAGCUGGAGGAGGCUGAUUGGAGAGAUACGGUUCAGCUGCACAGAGAGGAGAAAACACUGCUGCGCUACUACUUGUAUGAAGGGCUGCGUUACGUCUGGCUGGACAGGAAGGGGGCUUUUUGUCGCGUUAGUGUCCUCAAUGAGGACUGGACCUGCAAAGACUUGUAUGGGUUCCAAAAGGGGCUGAGUCCUCGCGAACAGACGUUGAAGAGAUGCAUAUUUGGGGCCAACCUUAUUGAUGUACCUGUGAAGUCUUACAUGAGGCUGCUGUUAGAGGAAGUCCUCAACCCGUUUUAUAUAUUUCAAGUGUUCAGCAUCACCCUGUGGAGCAUUGAUGGGUAUUAUUUCUAUGCUUUGUGCAUAUUUAUUAUCUCAGUCAUCUCCAUCGGCAUCUCACUGUAUGAAACUCGAAAGCAAAGUAUGACUCUUCGCAACAUGGCUCAGCUUAUUACAAAUGUCACAAUACGCAGAGACUCAGGAGAGGAAGAAUGUGUGAGCUCUGAGGAGCUGGUCCCUGGCGAUUCUCUGAUCAUCCCCCAGGAAGGUCUGCUGCUGCCCUGUGACGCCGCCCUGCUGGCUGGGGAGUGUCUGGUCAACGAGAGCAUGCUCACAGGGGAAAGUGUUCCAGUGUUAAAAACGCCGCUCCCUGCCGGAGACAGGACCUACAGCUCAGAAACUGAACGCAGACACACGCUGUUCUGUGGCACCCACAUCAUUCAGGCCAAAGGAGGACGGCCAGGAGGAAGUGGCGCUGUUGCUGUGGUUACAAGCACUGGGUUCUUCACAGCCAAAGGUAACCUGGUCAGCUCUAUUUUAUACCCUCAGCGGAUCAACUUCCGCUUCUACCAAGAUGCCAUGAAGUUCCUGCUCAUCCUUGGUGGGAUCGCUGUCAUUGGUACUAUUUACAUAUUUGUGACCCUCUUCAGAACCAAUGUGACCUGGCUGCAAUUAAUUAUCAGAAGCCUGGAUGUUGUGACCAUCGCAGUGCCUCCCGCCUUGCCUGCCGCCAUUACCACGGGAACUAUUUAUGCCCAGAGCAGGCUCAAGAAGCGAGGUAUCUUCUGCAUCAGUCCUCCACGAAUAAACGUCUGUGGCAAGGUGUCUGUGUUCUGCUUCGAUAAGACAGGAACUCUGACAGAGGAGGGUCUGGAUGUGUGGGGGGUGAUGGAAAGUGGACCCACUGGCUUCUCAGAACUGGUCCCUGACCCCAAACUCCUGCCACGAGGGUACAUGAUGUCCGCGCUGGCCUGCUGUCACACUGUUACUCUGCUGCAGGGUGAGCCCCUCGGAGACCCCUUGGAGCUCAAGAUGGUGGAGUCUACUGGCUGGAUUCUUCAGGAGCCAGAGGGAGAUGGAGAUGUUAUGCACUCUACAUUUGGAGGUCACAAUGUUUUGGCUGUUAUGGGACCUCCAACUCAAAGACCUGAAUCUCAGGGAACUUCCUCCAGUGAGGCGGUCGCCAUCAUAAAGAGGUUUCCCUUCUCCUCAGCCCUGCAGAGGAUGAGUGUGGUGACGGUGGCCCCUAGGGGGCGUUCUGCCCUGGCUUUCCUCAAAGGUUCCCCAGAGAUGGUGGCUAGCCUCUGUCGUCCUGAUACAGUUCCGGCUGAGUUCUCCAGCACACUACGUAACUUCUCCAGUGAAGGCCUCCGGGUUCUGGCACUCGCCUGUAAACCAGUGGACAUUAACUCUGACCUGAUGAACAUUGAACGCUUUGUGUUUGUCUGCAGGGGUGAAGUAGAGAAGGAAAUGCAGUUCCUGGGCUUGUUGAUGAUGAAGAACCUGGUGAAACCUGAGAGCGCAGAGGUCAUUAACAUCCUGACACUCGCUCACAUUCGCAGCGUCAUGGUCACUGGGGACAACAUUUUAACAGCAGUGAAUGUAGCAAAGAGCUGUGGGAUGGUGGGAUCUGACGAGAAGGUGAUCUUUGUCAUUGCAACCCCCCACACUGUUGAGUCUAUGCCCAGUUUGAGGUUCAGUGUGGAAGAUGGUGGGCCCACUGCUGCCCAAAGCCCCAGAGAUCUCAUUAAUCAGGCUGGUUUUAGCUAUCAUUUAGCUAUUAAUGGGAAGUCCUUCGCUGCCCUUUGUGACCACUUCCCUGAAUAUCUUCCAAAGGUGUUGAUGAAAGCUACUGUCUUUGCACGCAUGGCACCUGACCAGAAAACCCAGCUGGUAAAGGAGCUGCAGAAACUGAACUAUCGUGUAGGCAUGUGUGGGGACGGGGCCAAUGACUGCGGGGCCCUGAGAGCUGCUGACGUCGGGGUUUCCCUGUCUGAGGCUGAGGCUUCAGUCGCAUCACCUUUCACUUCCAAGACUGAAAACAUUAGCUGUGUCCCCAUGCUGAUCAGAGAGGCCAGAUGUUCUUUGGUCACGUCCUUCAGUCUGUUUAGAUACAUGGCGCUGUACAGCCUCAUCCAGUUCUUCUCCGUCCUCGUCCUGAACACAGUGAAGACCACCUUUGCUGACAUGCAGUUCCUAUUCUGUGACUUGUUCCUCGUGACUCUGCUGGCCAUCGUGAUGGGAAGAGGAGGUCCGAGUGAGGAGCUGUACCCAUGCAGACCUCCAGCCAGUCUGCUGUCCCUGCCUGUGUUCGGCAGCCUCUUCAUUCACACCUGCAUGAUCGUUCUGGGCCAGCUGGGUGCAUUCUUCAUCACCACCUCACAGGGAUGGUAUAUUCCACUAAAUUCAACAGUAUUUGGCACAGAAAACCUACCCAACAUGGAGAACACAUGUGUGUUUGCCUUAUCGGGUUACCAGUAUAUCAUCAUGGCAGUGGUAGUCACCAAAGGCUUUCCACAUAAGAAACCUCUCUUUUAUAAUGUGAUUUUUCUCUGUCUGCUGCUGAUCCACUUUGCCUUGAUGACCUUGCUGGUGUUAUAUCCGGGUCCUUUCUUCAGACUUAUAUUUAAACUGUUCAACUUCACCGACAUGAACUUUAAGAUGCUGCUCAUUGCCGUGGCUGCUCUCAACUUCCUGGUGUGUUUUGUUGCAGAGCUGCUGAUAGAUUUGGGCAUUUUGAACUGCCUUCGGUUGCUGCGAGGAAGGCGUCCAUCCAAGAAGGAGUACAAACGCCUAAUGGCACUGCUGUCUGACUCUGCAUCAUGGCCACCACUUGAUCAAACCCUGUCCCCCACAGGCAACACAGUCAUUUCCUUCAGCUAGUAUUUACCUGGACUAACACUGGACUCACCUGAGCUUAACCAUAUCAGAUGUCUAAACAACAUCCCCACAUUGACCAACAAUGCAAUGUAUACCUGCCAAAUAAAAACUAUUUUUAUGUAGACUUUUA